UUUAUAUAUAUAUGUUUUUUCUUUUUUAUUACUUGUUUUACUAAUUUUAACCAAAUGGAGCACUGCACAAUGACCAUUAAAUUUAUUUUUUGUAUUCCUCUGACCACCUCGAACCUUCCUCGGUGCAAAUUGAGACUACCCAUGAAAUUUUCGCCAUUAAGUCCUUGGCAUUCAUACGGGAAUUUGUUACUGCAAAUUGUAUAGGGUUGUCUGAGGUCUAGACGGUAGGUUUCUGAUCUCUGAGGGGGGGAAAUCAUGGCGGACCUGGAAGCGGGGUUCGCGAAGUUACAGGGGGAGGAUUUUGAGUACUAUAUGCAGACGUAUUCCAUCACUCUGGGACGGAACAGCAAGAAAUCGUCAGUUGAUGUGGAUUUGGCUAGCCUCGGGGGCGGCAUGAAUAUUUCUCGUCAGCACGCGAGGAUUUUCUAUGAUUUCGAUCGGCGGAGAUUUGCGCUCGAGGUUUUGGGGAAAAAUGGGUGUAUUGUGGAAGGAGUUCUUUACUUGCCUGGGCAUCCUCCUGUGAAGCUGGAUUCGCAGGAUCAGUUGCAAAUGGGGGACAAGAAGUUCUAUUUUCUGUUGCCUUGCCGAAAUCUGCUUAAGCCUCCUGCGAUGUUUCCUGGGGGGAGUUUUGCGCCACACGGUUCUAUGGCUGCGGCUAAGAAGAGGUCCGGGAGGCCUAAAUCUGGUGAUGACGAUGAGAACAAUCACAAGAAGAGUCGGAAGGCGCAGGGGGGUAAUAUUAACAAUAAUACUGUAGAAAUAGGGCGGCCGAUGUCUACUAAUGUUUGGCCUUCUUCGCACCACGAAAUUGUUACUUAUAAUACAUUGCCCACCGGAGCGACUGGUAGGCAAGGAUAUGGAGCCUAUCAGCUCGAUCAAAAAGUGGAUACACGGAGGAGGAUGGAUCAUGAAACUGAUAGUUCUCAGCAGAUACAGGCAGAAGAAAAGGAUGUCGUUUCAGCUGUAGCAACUGUGCUUUCUGAUCUUUGUGGGCCGGGUGAAUGGAUGCCAAUGGCAAAGCUUCAUGGCGAGCUUCUAGAACAUUUUAGUGGCGUUUGGCAUCAGAACAGGAUAAGGAAGUUUUUGACAGCAGAUGAUUGGCCUGCUUCUGAAAGUAAAGGAAGGCCAUGGGUUGGACUUCUUGCCUUGCUCAGAAAAUAUCCAGAGCAUUUUGUUAUCAACACAAGGUCUAAAGGACGAAUGACUGCAGAGUUUGUGUCUCUGGUAUCUCUUCUCUCAUAGUCUGACAGCAUCUGGGGAGACAUGCUUGAAUGGGAAGAACAAUGAGCACAUUGUUAGUCGUAUCUGGUUUUGACAUGAAGACAAAUUGAAGAAUUGGCUCGUCAACUCUGCUUUUUGACAUAGGGGUCUAUACUUAUACAAAGUCAUACAUUUUGAUGUCCUUUGCAAAACAAUUGUAAUGCCCCAGAUCUUGCAUCAUAUGCAAGUCCAAUAUUGUUUGGCAACAACUUGUAAUAUACAAUCUAACUGUAUCAACAUGAACAUCAUUGAUUAUCAUUAAAGUAAUGCUUUAGUUAUCAGCAGUUGGUUAUUUAAUCACAAGGCUUUGGUUCAGACUCACUGGGUGGUCAUGUAAAAGGUCUAUGUCGAUUUGAAGUUCUUUUUAGAGA